AUGGCUACUAAUGGUGAUCAAAUGGGUCUCGUCGAUCGCCUAAAAAACUUCGCCGAGAUGAUCAUGGCACAGAAACUUUUUGGGGAUUUGUUCACAAAAGAAAUCCAUGUCUUCAAGGAAAAGUUCGGCCCAAAAUUUAAGAACUAUGAGGAAAUUCUCGCUGAUACGACGUAUGUGUUCACGAACUCAAAUCCAUACCUGGACUAUCCUCGUCCUAUGCUCCAUAAAACUGUACCUAUUGGUGGAAUCGCUGUCCAUAUUGAUCCCAAGAAAAAUGAGCUGUCAAAGGUGCAAGUG